UUUCAGCUAUUUGCAUUUUAUAUCGUCUCGUACAGCUCAUCAAAGAGCAUGUGCUCGUUAUCACUAAAAGUUAGCAACUCUCGCACAUCAUAUUACCUGCGAUAAGAGCGAGAGUCGAUAAAUUCAAGCAACUCGGCUGAAGCAAUAAUCACGAAAAUGAACGUUUUACUUCAAAAACAUGGAGCUAAACAUAUAUACAAAGUCCCGGAAGGAUUGCGCGAACUAUGCGCCGACAUCGCACGCGAGGUUCUACGCUCGCAGCCGAGGAACAUCUAUUGCUUCGUUGCUGAUUAUGUAGAAGCGCUGCUGAUCACACGAGAAAAUGCAAAAGUUGCAGUGAAAGUCGUAAACAAUAUUUUACUGAGAAGCCAAGCCAUAGUGGGUAUACUUUAUCGCAGCGGCUUGAGUUUAGAACAGAUCGCUUGCGCUGCGCCCAGAAUUCAGAAAGCAUUCCGCGCGUACUUGGACGCGGUAGACAUGCAAGCGUACCAGGUGUGUGACGACGACACUUGCGACGAAAAGUCCAGGAUAUCUCUGCAGAAUAUUCUACGAGCGACGGGAACACCGCUGAAACAAGCGAAGAAAUAUGCCAUGAUAAUACAGGCCGCUUUCCGCGGUCAUUACGAGAGGAUGUUGUUAAACGAGUCUCGGGGCAUGAUUCAAUGGCAACGAGCGGCAACGAAGACCCUGGAGAUCCUGAGGAAAGCCGGAGCUUCGCAGGCGGAAGCAUCGAAAGCCGCCAUUCUAAUACAGGCCACUUAUCGCGGAUAUUACACAAGGAGAAAUUUAAAAAUGAAAAUGAUGGCUAUGCAAACGCAAGAAGAAAAGGAAGGUGACCUAGAUAUGAUAGAACCUAGAGAUGCCAUUCCAGCAGUAGCCUGGUUAGACAUGAUGUACGAGGAAUCAGGACUGACAGAGGCGAGAGCUAAUGAAGCUGCUUUAAUUAUACAAAGAGCUUACAGACGAUAUCGUCAAAAAAAGAAAAAAAAAACACCGCAGAUAGAAUCGAUCAUAUCGAUGGUGGCGGAAGGAUCAGGCGAGGAACCAAGACUAACGGAGGCAAGAGCUAAUGAAGCUGCUUCAAUUAUACAAAGAGCUUACAGACGAUAUCGUCAAAAAAAGAAAAAAUAUACACCGCAGAUAGAAUCGAUCAUAUCGAUGGUGGCGGAAGGAUCAGGCGAGAAACCAAGACUAACGGAGGCAAGAGCUAAUGAAGCUGCUUCAAUUAUACAAAGAGCUUACAGACGAUAUCGUCAAAAAAAGAAAUCGACCAGAUCGAUGGUGGCGGAAGCCAUUGUCAAAAAUUUGCAUCAGAAAAUUUUUGACGAAGUAAUAACCCACGCAGACAUUCCCACAGAAUUUGGUAAUCGAGAGGACUUGACAAACACUAGCAAAAAAUUUCAGCGUACUCUUAAAGAUCGAUUGACACAUGUUCGCAUAAUGGAAGAAGGAUACAAUGAACAAGAAUUCGUUCGUACAGAAGCGCCCGAAUUGUUUACAAAAUUAGAAAAUACAUAUUCGAACGGCGGGGAACAUCAGGAAGAAGGUCGAAAAAUCGAAGUAGAAAGGGAACGUGAAGAGACGUACGUGCGGGACUAG